CGACGCUCCGCUGCUAUGGCAGACACCCCUUCAUCGCCCCCGCGCGGCGAGUGGAGCAGCAUGGAGGAGGAACUUUCCUAUUACAAAACUCAGUAUGAGACGCUUGAGGUAGAGCUUCAGGAAUUUCAAGCUUCAAGCAAGGAGCUCGAGGCCGAACUCGAGAAGGACGUGGAAGAGAGCGAGAAACGUGAGCGCAAGCUACAGGAAAAGGCCGAAAAGCUGGGGUUUGAAGUUGAUGAAUGGAAGACAAAAUACAAGCAGAGCAAGACAGAGGCCAACAACGCCCAAAACACACUUCAAAAAGAAAUCACCAGCCUGCGCGAGUCCCAGCGAUCGCUGCAACUCCAGCUUAGGGACAUUGAGGUACAGAACGACGAUUUCGAGCGACAAGCACGAAAUCAAAACUCAUCGCUGGAGGACUUGGAGUCCAAGUACAAUGUAGCGAUCGAACGCUCAGUCAUGCUGGAGGAGGAAAUGAAACUCGGCGAGAAGGAGCGAGAAACUCUUCGAAUAGAGAACCAACGAGUGCGCGACGAGCUGUCCGAUCUACGCAUCGAGACCGAAAUUGUCCAGGAGAAAUUGCGUCUCGCCGAAGAGACUAUUGAGCGGCACCACCAGCGCAAAACCUCCAAUCUGUUGGCUGGAGAUGCGCUGCGUCCACGUUCUCCUGUAUCUGAGACCUCCACCGUCGCUACCGCACUGUCUUCGCCCACCACAGCCUCGACUCCCCCACAGAGCAAAUCCGAUGCGGAACGCCCCGAUCUCACACCUCCGUCACCUCCGUUAUCAGAAGCUUCAGUCACAGCCAAAGCCAUCCCCACCACGCCCAUGCCUUCUGCUCGGAAGAAGUCGAUUGCCCUGGACCCUUCUGCUACUCCCCGCCCAAGUCUAUACACUUCUCGGCCUCCCCGACACUCGAGAGGACCUAGCAUCCCUGUAUCAGCGAAAACGCCCAGCGCAAGUGGCCGUGCGACUCCUUCGAUCCGUACUACCGCGCCAGGGCAGAGGGGCUCGCGACCAAGUGUCGGCACAACGGCAGCAGCGGCUGGUUUGCCUAGAUCUGGCUCAUUGUAUCAAAUCCGUGGGCUGAUUGGCAAGAUGCAGAAGCUUGAGGAACGAGUCUAUCACGCGAGGUCGAAGCUGCCGGCGCCGACGAGCACCCCGCCGCGUGCCAGCCCGCGAACCGCAAGCGCACUGGGACAAAUACCAAGCACCGUCACCAUAAGAAGCAACCGCAAACGGUCAUCCCAGGCUUCGGCGGCUUCAUCGAUUCCAACUGCCAGUGAAUCAGGCAUGAGCAGACUGUCCUUUGGCGCAUCACGGGAAAGCAGCAAUAGCCGGCCUAGCAGCCGUGCCUCACGACCGGGUAGCAGAAGCAGCAUCCGCACGCCGAUGGGACACUACUCGGCGUCUUCUAUCAGCGGCGUGGAAGGACGAAUCCCGCGCCCACGAAGCUCCAUGAGUGGCCCAAUGAGCUCACACCACUCCCACUCGAUGUCCCUAUCGAGCAGCGUCCGCGAAGAUGGCGACGCAGAUAACAACAGCGACGGCAGCGCAGCAGCAACCCCUGUGCCUCGGCGCAUGACACUGGACAAGAUCACGUCCAUUCCCACGCCUAGCGGUCUCCCUCGGCGACAGAGCCAAGGACGGAGGACAAGUACCAGUCUGGCGGACGGUGGGAUGGGGCCUCCUGCGCGACCACGGAAGAUGAGCGAGGUGGAGGAGUUUUGA